GAGAAUGACAUCUUCCUGGGCUGGGAAAAAGGAGCUUAUAAGAAAUGGGGAAAGAGUAAGAAAAAGUGCUCAGAUCUAACUCUAGAAGAAAUGAAAAAACAGGCUGCUGUCCAGUGUCUUCGAUCUGCUUCUGAUGAAAACUCUGAAGAUUGGGGAAUUUCUCUCUGAGGAAAAGGUUGCUGCAAAGAAGAAACAAUCCAAGGGACAAGAUGAUCUCUUGAAAAUUCUAAACAUGAUAAUAGGAAUGAAAGAACUCAACAGAAGGGUUGGAAGGUAUAGCUGAGGAAAUCUCCCAGGAAGUAAAACCAAAAAAUGAAGAAAUGGUAAAUAGGAAAGAAAAAAAAAAUUAGGGGACCAAUACAAGAAGUUCAAAACCCAGCUAUUUGGAAGUGUCAUUGGUAUGCUCCCAUUUUCCAGCUGUGAAAAGUAAGGCUUUGCUAGGUGACUGGCUUAAGGGGGGUCAUGUGGCUAACCCUGAGGUGAAGUUCAAACCCACGUCUCUUUGACUCCCAGCGGCACGGACCAGGCGGUUGAGUGCCCCUGAGUACCACAUUGGUUAACGAUCACAGGGUUGGUGUGGAGCUGCCUGUCACGCAUUUAGGCAAUAUCCAGUCCCGAAGGGUUCUCCAUAAAAGAUUAACCUUUGAGAUGAUUAACAUAGCUACAGAAGCCUUUGACUCCGGAGAGGAGAGAGAAUGAGGCAGAAUGAGUCAGAUUGCCUUUGUUUCCUUGAUGCUGAUGAUUAAGGUCAGUAGUUGAGAAGGAUGGGAAGCACAGAGAGGGGGGAGAAGCAUUGGAAACGCUGUGGUAUGGGAAAUGAUAGAAGUUUAUCAGGGAACAAAUAAAAAAUCUUUCCCAGAAGCAGUGGGGCAGUAGCUGCAGUGUUUGACCUGGGCCGCAUCAUCACGAAAGCGUCUGGCUCCACGCUGUAGCCUAGGAGAGGGAAGGCAGCGGUGCCGGCACCGUGGAGUCCCGGCAGAAUCCAGAGGACUUUGCGGUAUCUGGAUCAGGUUAGUUACCCUUCCUGCUCCUCCACCCUCAAACUCAAAUCAGAGCAAAAACUCAAGGCAUUUUAAAAGCAGUGAAUCCAAAAAUGAGACUCUGGGAAGUGAGAAACGUAUCGACAGUCUAGAGGGGGCACCAGUAUUCAGGUGGCUCAUGUGACAGGCACUCUGAGAGGCGCCUCAUACGCACAUCACCUUAGUUUACCCUCGGGAAUCUUGAGAGGGAGGUGUUGAGGGACGCGGCGCUGCACCCCACUGCCCAGUGAGUAUGGGCAAGGCAGGAGUGCGGGCCCAGAUACAUUGCCCCCGGCCAUCUCCCAACUGUGAGAAGUGAGGUUACUCGAGAGUAAACUCCCUGAGGGUAGGGAGCUCAUCUCUGCGGGUGUCCUGCCUGGCCGUGGGGCCCUACCCAUUUGCUGAGUGAGUGAGUGAGUGAGUGAGUGAGUGAGUGAAAAGUACACGAGUGAAUGGUCGUGUGUCUGGAGGACCGCUUAUUGAACGUCUCCUGAAAAGUGCCCGGCUCCGUGUGUGCGCCCCCCGGUGUUCAGAUUUGGAUACCAUAACUUGAAUUUUAGAGUGCUCCUGUGGUUUGCAGAGCAGCUUCUCAUGUUGGUUUGGUAUUGGGAGGUAAGUGGGUAUUACCCAUCUUACAGCUGAGAAAAGCAGUUCAUGAGUUAAGCGGUAGAAUGUCAGUGUUUUUUCACUUACGGCAUUGUUUCCCCUUAGGUUGUCACUAAAAUAUGAGUAUAAUGCACUGCAGGCUCUCAGUAUUCUUGAAUGCCCUUGUGGAUAUGGUAUACUGUUAAAAUAUGAUUAAUAAAAUUAUCUAGUACUUAAUAUCAUAGUUGGGAAAAUGGAUAAAAUUUCUCAUUAACAGCACCAAAUCGACACUUCAGAAUGCCUGCCAGGAGAUGACAGGGUCCAGUGCUGCUUCUGACACCCCUUUAUGUUGCUCAGUUUACUAUUAUGAUAACCCAUUGUGGUCUAAUGAUUUUUUUGAAAAAAUACAAUUAUGAUGCUGCAGGAAUCAAGGAAGACAGAAGCGGGGUCGGUAGAGCUUGCUCUUGUGUGCAGGGUUAAGGACUAAGCGUGUUGUCUAUUUUCCAUUUAUAUAUGAGAGCAAAUGUAUAUACUUCUAAGCUGCAUUACUAUCCGGAACAGCUAAAUUUUACAGUUGCUUGGAAGUGAUUUCCAAGACAAAGCGUAAAAAGUAACAUCUGCUGACUAUUGUAAUGAGCGCUCUAUGGAGAAUGGUAGGUGGCCCCCCGUUGCAGAGGAUCGAGCGGAGUCGAAUAAGCAAUCCCUAGGGCUUGGUGUUCUGCCCUGGAGACUGGCACCGGCUUUAGAAACACAGUGACACAGGCUUGCUGUACAGACCAGCGUGCAGCCGCGAGUCAGCUGACACCGGUGUUAGGUUCAUGGUCUGGAGGAAGUGGAAUAAAACGGCCAUACUCAUCACACCUUGAACAUUAUGAGCUCUGGUAUCGAGACUUUAGUGGAGGAGCUCUGCUCCAGGCUGAAGGACCUGCAGAGCCAGCAAGAAGAGAAGAUUCACAAAAAGUUAGAGGGGUCUCCCUCUCCAGAGGCAGAAUUAUCCCCUACAGCAAAGGAUCAAGUGGAAAUGUACUAUGAAGCAUUUCCACCACUUUCUGAGAAACCAGUUUGCCUGCAAGAAAUCCUGACUGUGUGGAACAAGUCUGCAGUCUGUUCUUACCCUAGCUCUUCUUCAUCGUCCACAGCCCCACCAGCUAGCACAGACACGUCCUCCCCGAAGGACUGCAACAGCGAAGGUGAGCUCAUCAAGGAGAGAAGCAGCGACAUGCCCACCACCGUGCACGAGAAAACCCAGAGCAAGAGUCAAAACGAGAAGGAGAACAAAUUUAGGAAUGGCACAGGUGAAGAAAGGCCGGCUUUGUACAAAAAGCAAAUCCGACAUAAGCCUGAAGGAAAGAUGCGCCCUCGCUCCUGGUCUUCCGGCUCCAGCGAAGGAGGCUCGAGCUCAAGUGGUAAUCAGGGAGAGUUAAAAGCAUCCAUGAAGUGUGUGAAAGUGAGACACAAGGCACGAGAAAUCCGAAACAGAAAAGGGCGGAAUGGGCAGAGCAGGCUUUCACUGAAGCAUGGCGAAAAGGCGGAAAGAAGCAUGCAUGCCGGAAGCAGCAGCAGCAGCAGUGGUUCCAUCAAACAGCUGUGCAAGCGGGGUAAAAGGCCGCUGAAGGAGAUGGGCAGGAAAGACGCCGGGAGCACUGAAGGAAGAGACCUGCACCUGGAGAGCAGAACCGACAGAGAGUACAAAGAGGAGCCGUUGUGGUAUACCGAACCGAUUGCUGAGUAUUUUGUUCCUUUGAGCAGAAAAAGUAAACUAGAGACCACAUACCGAAACAGGCAAGAUACAAGCGAUCUGACCUCAGAAGCAGUAGAAGAAUUGUCUGAAUCAGUGCAUGGUCUUUGUAUCAGCAACAAUAAUAUUCAUAAAACAUACCUCGCAGCAGGUACUUUCAUUGAUGGUCAUUUUGUAGAAAUGCCUGCAGUUAUAAAUGAGGACAUUGACCUCACUGGGACCUCAUUCUGUUCUCUGCCGGAGGACAACAAAUACUUGGAUGAUAUUCAUCUAUCAGAAUUAACGCACUUCUAUGAAGUGGAUAUUGACCAAUCCAUGUUGGAUCCUGGUGCCUCAGAAACAAUGCAAGGAGAAAGUCGGAUUUUGAAUAUGAUUCGACAAAAAAGCAAAGAGAAAACAGAUUUUGAGGCAGAAUGUUGCAUAGUGUUAGAUGGAAUGGAGUUGCAAGGGGAACGUGCAAUAUGGACAGAUUCUACCAGCUCUGUGGGCGCUGAGGGCUUAUUCCUGCAAGACCUUGGCAGUCUGGCUCAGUUCUGGGAGUGCUGUUCAUCCAGCUCUGGCGAUGCCGACGGAGAGAGUUUUGGAGGAGAUUCUCCAAUUAGACUCUCCCCGAUCUUAGACAGCACAGUGCUCAAUCCGCAUUUGCUUGCUGGCAAUCAAGAGCUCUUCUCAGAUAUUAAUGAAGGAUCUGGUAUAAACUCUUGUUUUUCAGUGUUUGAAGUGCAAUGCAGUAAUUCUGUUUUACCAUUUUCUUUUGAAACACUCAACUUGGGAAAUGAAAAUACAGAUUCUAGUGCUAAUGUGCUUGGAAAAACACAGUCUAGAUUACUAAUAUGGACCAAAAAUAGUGCCUUUGAAGAAAAUGAACACUGUUCUAAUCUUUCAACAAGAACUUGUAGUCCAUGGUCCCAUUCAGAAGAAACACGUUCAGACAAUGAGACAUUAAACAUUCAGUUUGAGGAAUCCACACAGUUUAAUGCAGACGAUAUGAAUUAUGUAGUUCCUAGAGUCUCGUCAAAUUAUGUAGAUGAAGAACUUCUAGAUUUUUUGCAAGAUGAAACUUGCCAGCAAAACAGUAGAACUUUAGGAGAAAUUCCGACAUUAGUUUUCCAAAAAAAAUCUAAACUAGAAUCUGUCUGUGGUAUUCAGCUAGAACAAAAAACAGAAAACAAAACCUUUGAAACUACGCAAGUAUGUAGUGAAAGCAGCCCACGUGGAGAUGGCUACAGCUCAGGGGUUAUUAAAGACAUUUGGACAAAGAUGGCAGAUAGAAAUUCUGUAGCUGUGGUGGAAGUAGAAAGGAUUGAUGAUGAGUUGUUUUCGACAGAUGUAAAUAACUGCUGCUGCUGUUUGGACGCUGAAGCUAAAAUGGAGCCCCUCCAGGAGCCUAAUAAGGCUGUGCAGAGAUCCGAAUAUCGUCUGUGGGAGGGACAGAAAGAGAACCCAGAGAAAAGAGCUUUUGUUUCUGGUGAGCUAUCAAAGGUGGAUGGUGGUGAUUACACUACCCCCUCUAAACCUUGGGAUGUGGCCCAAGAUAAAGAGAACUCAUUCAUUCUUGGAGGAGUUUAUGGAGAGCUCAAAACCUUUAAUAGCGAUGGGGAAUGGGCAGUAGUACCACCCAGUCACACAAAAGGAAGUUUGUUACAGUGUGCAGCUUCUGACGUGGUGACAAUAGCUGGUACAGAUGUCUUUAUGACCCCAGGAAACAGUUUUGCUCCUGGUCACAGGCAGUUAUGGAAACCCUUCGUGUCAUUUGAACAGAAUGACCAGCCGAAGAGUGGGGAAAAUGGAUUGAAUAAGGGGUUUUCUUUUAUCUUCCAUGAAGACUUAUUAGGAGCUUGUGGUAACUUUCAAGUUGAAGAUCCUGGACUUGAAUAUUCAUUCUCUUCCUUUGACUUAAGCAAUCCAUUUUCACAAGUUCUUCAUGUAGAAUGUUCAUUUGAACCCGAAGGGAUUGCAUCUUUCAGUCCUAGUUUUAAACCGAAAUCAAUCCUCUGCUCUGAUUCAGACAGUGAAGUUCUCCACCCCAGGAUAUGUGGCGUUGACAGAACACAAUACAGGGCUAUUCGGAUCUCUCCUAGGACUCACUUUCGCCCUAUUUCUGCAUCUGAACUGUCCCCAGGAGGAGGAAGUGAGUCAGAAUUUGAAUCUGAAAAAGAUGAAGCAAAUAUCCCCAUUCCUUCUCAAGUUGAUGCAUUUGAAGAUCCACAGGCAGAUCUCAAACCACUGGAAGAAGAUGCAGAGAAGGAAGGCCAUUACUAUGGAAAAUCAGAGCUUGAGUCUGGAAAAUUCCUUCCCAGGUUAAAAAAAUCUGGAAUGGAAAAGAGUGCUCAAACAUCACUGGAUUCCCAGGAGGAAUCAGCUGGGAUUCUGCCAGUAGGAAAGCAGAAUCAGUGUUUGGAAUGUAGCCUGAAUGAGUCUCUGGAAAUCGAUUUAGAAAGCUCAGAAGCAAAUUGUAAAAUAAUGGCACAAUGUGAAGAAGAAAUUAAUAAUUUUUGCAGUUGCAAAGCAGGUUGUCAGUUCCCUGCUUACGAAGAUAAUCCAGUUUCUUCAGGACAGCUGGAAGAGUUUCCUGUAUUGAACACUGAUGUACAAGGAAUAAAUAGAAGUCAAGAAAAACAGACCUGGUGGGAAAAAGCCUUGUACUCUCCUCUUUUUCCUGCCUCAGAAUGUGAAGAAUGUUAUACAAAUGCCAAGGGAGAGAAUGGUAUAGAAGAAUAUCCAGAUGUUAAAGAAAUGCCCAGUAAUGAAGAGCGUCUGUUAGAUUUUAAUAGGGUGUCUUCUGUUUAUGAAGCAAGGUGCACAGGAGAGAGAAAUUCUGGAGCAAAAUCAAACGGCUUCCGCAGAAAGAUGUACUCCAGUGCCAGCUCCGCCUCGGAGGACACGGGCUCGGAAGAGUUGAGGACAGCUAUCCUGUUGAAGAUUUUUUUUUUUCAAGCUGUUAAAUUCUUGGCUAUUUGAAAUAGACUAGAUGUGUUGUCCUACCAAGAAUGGGUGUGCAUGUGCUCGUCUUAGAAGCAUCACUGCCUGUUGCACCUUCACUGCAGCGCCUUCCUCCCAGCUGCAGUCACAUCACUGUCACCUUACUAGCGUCGCAGUGUCAGCAACCACCUCCGCUAUCCAGAGACUUUAGCUUUGGAACAUUUAGGCUUUGUCCUCUAAGAACUGGGAUAUGAAUACUUACCCUGCGGUGGAUCAGUGCCUUUCUGAAGGCAAGAGGGCAGCACGGGUGACUCAUCCCCGGUCUUCAUUCAGUAAAAUCUCAUGUACAUUUAAAGUAGGAACCACAAGGGUGUGCUUUUAGAGACUUACAAAAUACUGUGUUUUCUCUCUUAGGAUUUUCCCCCUAGAGUAUCAUGGACAAUACCAUGGUUUGUGACUUUCUUGCCACCUGAGGCAGCCAAGGCUUUGAGGUACGGGGUAGCGUUUGAGGCCAAGCGGGGUGAGAGCGCACCCCCGACCUGCUCUUAACGCUGCAGUUACAUUUCCCCCAGGCACCGCUCAGGGUUAUUUGCGGUGAGUCUUACAGUACUCGAUGAGGACCUUAGUUGCAGAUGAGAUUUUUCUGGUGACCGAUACUGAAUCGAAGCCCCCAGAACUUGAGACUGUAAACGUUUGGCACGCAAUAAAGGCCAUCCCAGCACCCCAAAGAGACCUUGGCUGCUACAGCUGGCUGCUCUUGUGGCUGUGACUUAGUAUAGCUUAGAUCUCAUUUUGUGUUUGAGAGAAUGUUCUGGGCAAGUUCUGUGUGUGGCGGGUCGGAGGGUAGAGUACUGAUUUCUCCCAUACCUGUGUGAUUGCUUCAUGGGACCCGCUUUCCCGUGUCACUUGGGAACCCAGGGGUCAGUCCCUCUCAUCCAGUCCCGUCCAUUCGUGACGGUCGCUUCCUUGAGCUUUCACGCUGCCAUGCAACAGGUUGAAGUUAGAAGGAGCAACAUUUGCAAAACCUAAACGUUUAAAAUUGUUUUUCUUUUUUAACCAACUCAUUGUUUUUUUUUUUUAAAAAAAAAACAAUGUGUGACAUCAAUUUAGCACGUCUAACAUCAGGAAGUCUAAUAUGGGUGAGACACCUUCACCACUAUUUUGGCAGGCAGUAAACACAUAAUUUACUAGCUGGGAGCUGAACUGGCUGAGAAAUACAUGAUUUGCUUCGAGCAUUGGGUUUUGUUGCCUUUUUCUUAAUUGAUGACACAGACAACUCCAUCCAGGGCUGUGGAGUCAUCCCCGGCGCUGUCUGUCCUCACUGUGGGAAACCUGAUGGGCCGUUGGGUGUGGUCUCACCACAUGUCAGGGUUUGUUUUUAUACAGCACAUCUUUGACACUUUAAAGUGGGUUUGUGUGUGUGUGCGUGUGUGCGCGUGUAAGGUUUUAUGUUGCUGUUAUUUAUUUACAGACUUUAUAAGGUUAUAUGUAUUUUUCUUUCUUCCAGAGCUUCCUAAAAAUUGAUUAGCAUCUGCACUGAAAUAUAAUUUAACAGCAAAGGCAAAAAAGAAUUGGAAGUUGUAAAUUCCUAAAAUCACUACAGUGACGAUCAUCCUAGAGAUCGUUGCUUAUGUAGCCGAGACCAAAUAAAUAUAUUUCAGACACAACCUUUAGCUCAGUUGAUUUUGGACAGCUGCUUUUUAUCACGAAAGGGCUCCAGGUGGUCAAGGUGUAGACUUCCUUACACGCUAGUGGGAAGACAUUGCACCUUCCACGGGGGAAUGGGAAUGGAUUAUAAGCGGGCAAGGGGAUUAACAGAUUAUGUAUUUAUUUGUUUUCAUAGCUAACUGGCUGAAGCCCAGAGGCUUUCAGCGACAGAGCUGAAAGUAUGGUUUUCAGUUUUGUAAAUGGAUGAUCACAAAGAAAAAGCAUUUUUUAAAAAGUUGGCAAAACGCUGAAACGCACUGUGGUAUGAAGCGCAUUGCAUAUCCAUAGCACUGAAGUAUCAGUUUUCCAUUCCUGGGCUAUUUUUUUCCCCGUGGUUGUAUUGUUCUGAUUUCACGUACACCAGAGUAACUGGUUUUUUGUUUUCUUGUGGAGUUAACACCAAAUAAAAGAUCUAAAAAA